AUGACAUACCUGGAAUUGCGAGGCUUCAGAACAGAUCUUGGGUGUAUACUGUUGACAUUAACGCACGCAGCCCCAAGCGGAAACAAUUAUGACGUGAUCUCUGCACCUACUACAUCGCCUCGAGUACUAGAGCGUGAUCUGGCGGACUUUCAAAGUUGGGACCGCCAACUGCAUUCUAACAUUAUUGGUCAUUGCAGGCUUCCAACCAAACGCCUGCGCAAGCUGAUGACGUGCGACUGGAUGCGUGGCGAGUGCGCGGCUGGCUGGCGUGUGGAGUUGCUAAAGAGCGUUCAGAUUUGUGAAGACUGGCUGAACAUCGCGUUUGCCCAAUUGCCGAUUCCACAGCAGCAGGAGUUUCUUAAUGACGGCUUAUACUUCAUGGCCAAAUCCAAGCGCAUGACCGUACGCGAAGAACAGAAAAAUGCUCGAGACCUGCAGCAGUACUUUAGCAGUAAAGAACUUGUAGAUCAGGUGUUAAAGUUGGUGAUGGAGCAAUUGCUGGUCGAGCAGUAUCAAGACGUCGUGUGGCUCGAGCCAUCCUGUGGUGACGGCAGGUUCUUGACGGCACUGCUGCGAAAAGGAGCGCAGCAUGUUGUCGGCUAUGAAAUCGACGAACGGUUGCAACGCAUAGCUGAGAAUAAUGUUAAGCAAACUGCAAGAAAUGUUGCGUGGCCGGAAAAAAGAAAACUGCAAGCGCAGGUCAAUGUAGGCGAUUUUCUGGCGUCCAAUAGCUCGAUAUCUGUGGAAAAGUCUGUAGUAGUGGUUGGCAACCCGCCCUUUGGUGCAAGAGGUGAUGACAAGAGGGACCUUGUGCAUUGUUUCUUUCAACACGCCGCAUUAGUUUGGCGUGCUCGCAUCAUCGCGUUUGUCGUGCCAAAAAGAUGCUCUCGACCAGAAUUUGUCAAGACCACGUUGCAGCUGCUCCGGGGUGACGACAAUGCUGGAACGAUUUGGAAGCUUUUGAAGGAAAUGCCAUUGCCCGAUUAUCGCUUCGAAUUUAACACAAGCGAUCAAAUCAAACGUGUACGUCAACCCAGCGUAUUGCAGCUCUUUGUCUGCAGGACUCAAUAG